UUCUGCAAUAUCUGAGAAUACUGAAUAGCUCCUUUAUCUUUAAUCAUAGCAUAGUAGAGGGAAUUUCAGCAUGUGUUGCUUGUUACUAAGAAGCCACAACUGCUAAAAUCCCCUUUCUGAACUUUUGAAGGAACAGGAGUAAUCUCUAGUUCUCAGUGUGGCAAUCCUACCUCCCAUGUCCCCCAUCUCCGACAAUCCCCAGUCAACUUGAUAUGUGCUAAUGGGAGCUGUCAUCUAUAACGUAUUUGGAGGCAAGGCUCUGCUGUUGGAAAAGCAAGAAACCUGCAGUAUUCAAUGAAACGCUUCCUGUGUGUGUAUUGCUAAUGUCCUGUUCCUGAUAAAGAUUCUCGAUUCCCAGUUUGUCAAGACCUCCUCCACUGGUUUCAGGAAACCUCUGGGACCCUUCCACACAGCACAAUUAUAGCAUUUUGAUUCUACUUGAAUCACCAUGGCAACAUCUUGUGGGAUCUUAUGAUUGGCUAUUGGAAACUUCAAACAGACUCUGAACAAACUACAGACCCAAGAAAAACUCCAUAAGUUGCAGCUACGGCAAUUAAAGUGACAUUAUAGGAAUUUGAAUUUUGAUGCUCUUGUUUUCUUUUUCCUCUUGCAGGAUUCUUUUGAGAGCAGCAAACAUGUCCCAGUCUCAGUUCUUGUACUGUCCGUGUUGGGAUCCUUGGAAGACGGGAUGUAAAAGGCUGAUAAAAGCCAAAGCUGAUCAGCUGGGUCAGAGGCCCAAAUCAAUGCCUUUAGGUAUGAUCCCAAGAAAACUACCUAAGACCCAGUUUCCUGCAGGUUUUAAUAGAGCAAAAUUUACCUCCAGGACUUGUAUACAACCUUUAAGAAGCAGGGAGCCUCGGGAUAUAUCCAAAGAGUUUGAAGAAGAAGAGGUCAUUCCUGGUUUUACCUUGUCUCAGAGUAAAGAACAUAUCGAUGUUACUUUGGGAGAGGACUUUUUUGAGAGGAAAAAAUCAACUGAGAAACCUGCCAAGGUGAUUGUGCCCAGCACUCCACCAAAGAUUGAAACGGAGGAUGUCGUUGCUGACUUAGUGGAACAGAUUUCUGAGCUCACGGCAAUUAUGGAACAAUUGCGCCGAGAUCACCAGGUGACCCACAAACAGAUGGAAAAAGAGAUGGAAGAAAGAUGCAAUGAGAUGCAAGAGGAACAUGAGAACAAAAUAAAAGAACUUCAGGUGUUUCAUGAAUCAGAAUUGGCUGCCAUGGAAGAUCAAUACAAGAAGGAGUUGCGGAACGAGAGAGCAACGGCUCAAGAGAAGCUGACUACGAUGCAGAAAGAGUACAAAUAUCUGAAGAACGCAUUCCGUGUGUAUCAGGAUAGUAUUUCGGAUGAAAUGGAAGAAAAGUGGCUGAGAAGGCAAGCAGAAUGGAAAAAGAGUGAAAGAACUGAACGGGAGAAAGCGUUAAUACAGCAAAAACAGUCAUUGACCAAGAAAUUUGAGAUGGAGCUGGAAGAACAGAAGAAGCUCAUUCAGAGAAACAGUUUCCUCUUAGGUAAAGCCUAUGAGCAAGAAAGAGAGGAAUUUCAAAAGCAGCAACAAGCCACUAAGAAUACUAUUGAUGAGUUGAACAACAAGAUCAUGAUUAUGGAGACAGAAUUGAAGGAGAAGAAUGAAACUUUGAACGCGAUCGCUUCAACUCUUCACAGGACAGAGCUGGAACUCCGGAACGAGAAAGCCAACUUGUCUGAGAUGGAAAAAAACAUUCAACAACGAAUUGCAGCAGUUGAAGAGAAGCAUCGAAUUAACAUGGCCAAUUUGGUAGAAGAAAAUGUAAUAUUAAGGCGCAAACUUAUUGAGAAGAAUGAAGAGCUAUACAAUGAAAGAAGUGGUCUGUUUGAGCCAUUCAUAUAAGACUACCAAAAGGAAAAAAACAGCAAUUUUUCAAGGACCUAUUUCUUCAGAGAUUUCCAAAUCUUCAGUAUGAGGUUCAUCUGAGUAUUUACAAAUAUUUCUCACUAUCUUGUUUCUUUAUUGACUACCAGUUAUUCACAUGUCAUGUUGUUUAGGCCUUCAUCCGGGGGCAAAAUGGUGUUUAUAUAUGUAAUAAAAAAACACUUCCC